AAAUUAAACCAGAAAAGGGGAACGGAGGUACCAUUAUGGUUCCACGUCAAGCAGCAUUAGCUGGUUAAAAGGAUCCGUGCCAUUCACAUUUGCAUCAAAAAUUAAUGCUUCCCCUUGUCUUCACUCUGCCUUCCUGUUCCUGAACAACACCGCUCACGCUCUUCUCAACGGAUGGAAAUGAUUGGUUAAAUUAAUUGCUACGGCAUCAAACAAAGCUACAGAGAAAGGAAGGAGAUUUGAUUAACAGAGAGACAGGAAAGGUGGAAGGCUUUGGAGAUGGUUUGUCUGAGUCGAGUCUUGGCGGUUUCCUAUACGGUGAAGCCGUCGCGUCCUUACAGUGGCUCUUGUUUUAGCUCUGAAUUCGUUAACGCGAGGCCCAAAUUGAGUACCCGAUGGCGAUCCAUGGCGACUGAACCCGAGUCUUCCUCCUUCGCGCCUUCUAUUGAUUCCGAGUCAACCGCCGGAUUUUGCAUUAUAGAAGGGCCUGAAACAGUUCAGGGUUUUGCUAAGAUGGAACUGCAAGAAAUUCAGGAUAAUAUUCGAAGUCGGCGAAACAAAAUCUUUCUCCACAUGGAAGAGGUUCGGAGGCUAAGGAUACAACAGAGGAUUAAAAGUGCUGAACUUGGUAUAUUGAAGGAAGAGAGAGAAAAUGAACUUCCUAAUUUUCCAUCAUUCAUUCCGUUCCUGCCUCCGCUGACCUCAGACAAUCUCAAGGUUUAUUAUGCGACUUGUUUUUCUCUUAUUGCUGGGAUUAUCAUUUUUGGUGGACUACUAGCACCCACUCUGGAGCUUAAGCUAGGACUAGGGGGCACAUCAUAUGCUGAUUUUAUCCGUAGUGUGCAUCUGCCAAUGCAGUUGAGUCAGGUUGAUCCUAUAGUGGCAUCAUUCUCUGGAGGAGCAGUUGGGGUUAUCUCAGCCUUGAUGGUAGUUGAAAUAAACAAUGUAAAACAGCAGGAGCAUAAAAGAUGCAAGUAUUGUCUUGGAACUGGUUAUCUUGCUUGUGCUCGCUGCUCAAAUACCGGAUCACUUGUUCUUAUUGAGCCAGUCUCAACAGUCAAUGGUGGAGACCGGCCUCUAUCAGCCCCGAAAACAGAAAGAUGUUCAAACUGUUCAGGAUCUGGAAAGGUCAUGUGCCCCACAUGCCUUUGCACUGGAAUGGCAAUGGCAAGCGAACAUGACCCAAGAAUUGACCCAUUUGAUUAGAGGUUCAUUCUCACCCUCUUUUUCUUGUAUUAAUAUCCAGAGCUCCUGUAAUCUGAGUAUGACAAAUAACCAAUCUUGUGUAUAGAUACAUCUCAAGCACACAAAAAUAUUUGCUUUUGAAAUGAAAAACUCCGAUACUCCUUUGGCAA